AUGAUUGAACAUGCAUGUACGGAUUUCAAGUGUGCAUCCAGUUCGUUUUGCAUCGACGAAGGUCUCACUUGCGAUGGGAUCUCCCAUUGCCCAGACUCCAGCGACGAGGACUCUUUCCUUGCUCAUUGCCCGACGGAUCCAGGGGGACUUUUAGACAAUUUCGGGCUAGAAAGGAUGGAACUAUUGGGGUAUGGAGGCAGUGCAGGAGCUCUCCUCCUCUGCAUUAUCAUCACAGGUAUCUGUGUCUACCGAAGAAGACGACAGAGCCCUACGACUAUCUCAACACAUGAUUCCUAUCAAAAGACUCGGGGGCAGAAAUCUCAAGGUCGUAAUUUUGAUCCCAAGUCGUAA